AUGAGGGAACCACUUGAACCCGCUCUACGCUUGGCCAUCACUCUUCGUUACCUGGCGAAUGGAAACUCAUACAAGACCCUUGAGUACGAAUUCAGGGUGGCUAACAACACAAUUUCCCGCAUUGUACCAGAAACAUGCAACGCAAUCAACAAUGAGUUUGCAGAGGAAUUUCUGAAGUGUCCAUCAAUACCAGAUGAGUGGAGAGCAGUGGCUGAAGGGUUCUCAAACAAGUGGAACUUUUACAACUGUGUGGGGGCUCUUGAUGGCAAGCAUGUAGCGUUCAGAGCGCCCUGUGCUUCCGGAUCCGUAUAUUACAACUACAAGGGAUUCCACAGUAGUGUACUCAUGGCCCUUGUGGACAGCCAGUAUCGCUUCCUAUAUGUGGAAGUGGGUGCAAAUGGCGGGCAAAUUCAGAUUCCUUCUCGCCCCAAUGGCCCAAAGGACUGA